GUAGAAUUUGCGUCCGUAUAAAAGAUUUCCAAGGUAUCACGCCUCCUGAUGCCAUACGAAUCCCGUCAAGCCCUUACUUUGAAGGGAAUAAGGAUAAAUAUUCGAUACAAGUUCAAGGGACAUUUAAAGGGAAACGAUGGACAGCAGAUGACAUCCUCUUUGGUAACGACUUUGAUCGCAGAAUUAAGUUACCACGCAUAAGUUGGUUAGGUCUGAAAGUUCUCAAGUGGAUAGAUCCUUGCUUAGAGACUGAUCUCGAUUGUGAUAAACCUUGGGCUUAUAGCCCAUUAUUUUUCACAAUCAAUACAUUACGCGUCGAACAUCAGAAUCACGAAAGUGAACUUCCGCCGUGGCCUUCAUCCAAUGGUAGACGCAUUGAAGAAGGUACAAUAUAUAAUCCCGAUCACAAGUCAUUAAUUUCAAGUGACGUUUCUUCGCGUAAAAAAUACUUCACCUCCGAGAGUAAUCGAAAAGAAUUUGAAGUCACCGAAGAUCAAAUCUUGAACCUUGAUUUUUUUAACCCUUAUGUUGAUUUUAAUAAUAUUGCGGUGAAGCUUCCCGGACUUCAACUUGGAAUAUUGCAAUAUUGGGAUGGACAGCCUUUCCGCUAUGUUUGUAAAUCACGUGAUUCUUCUGUCAUCUUCUUUAUUGUUAUGUUUGAACUGGUAGAGAUAAACGAUGAAAAGGAUAACGGUAAUGAGAUGAUUAGGCCGCCUAUAACCAGGAUCGAACAUGAUCGGGAAGAUGCUUUGACACCGAAAUCUGGUGCCAGAUGGGCAUCGGUUAAAUCACCUUCUUCUCAAGUGUUUUCGUCUCAUUAUCCUCCAAAUUCGUUUUCCUCGGAUUCUCCAGUUAAGAAUUUGCGUACCGACAAAAAUACCAAUUACGAGAACGAUAGUGAUUGA